UGUUCUUAAACUUCAAAUCAUCAUGUCAAACUCAAUACCAUUCGUGCCACUUAGCACUGCCGAUUUCUACAUCAACUCAUUACCAGGUCAAGAAUCAGAUAUAACUCAAUACUCUGGUCAUAUAUCUUCUCAACCAAUCACCACCACUUCAGAAAUCACUUCAACCACUUCGACUAGUUCAUCAACAAGUCAAUCUCAUCUCUGGUUUUGGUUCAUAAGACCUAAUCAUAUUCCAAAUCGACAAAAGCUUGUGAUUUGGUUCAAUGGAGGUCCAGGAUGCAGUUCUCUAGAAGGUGGCCUGAUGGAGAUCGGUCCGUUACGAGUAUCUAAAAAAUCUUCUAAGCUUACGAAUUCACAGUGGUCUUGGUCUCAGUAUGCGAAUUUAUUGUUCAUUGAUCAACCGGCUGGAACUGGAUAUUCUUUUGCUGGAGGUGGGGAAACAAUCCGUGAAUUGGAUCAGGCUGCUAAUCAGGUCGUUAGCUUUCUCGAACGAUUCUUCAAACUUUUCCCCGAAUUAUCUAAUCUUGAUACCUAUCUAGCAGGUGAAUCAUACGCGGGACAGUUCAUACCUUACAUUGCACAAGCUAUCAAAUCUACGACUUCUGUAUCUUCAAACCUCAAAGGUUUGCUCAUGGGCAACGCAUGGAUCAAUCCGCAGGCUCAAUACCCUACAUAUAUUGAAUUUGCUUAUGAAAGAGGGAUGAUCGUGAAAGGUUCAAAGGAAGCCAAACCAGCAGAAGCGGCUUGGCAGAGAUGUCAGUCAGUCUUGGAGUCCCACGAUCAAGUCCUCAUAAGUGAAUGUGAAGAUAUGCUGCAGCCAAUUCUAGAUGGGGCUUCUAAGAAGAUCAAUGGCGUAGAGAUGAAGCCAGUGGCCUACAAUAUCACUGAGUCGAGAGCAGUCGGUGAUGAAGAUUGGCCGGAUGUAGUCAAGCCUGUGACAAAAUAUUUGAACAGGCCAGAAACGAUUGAAGCUUUUCAUGCCAAGCACAAGCCAGGUCAUUGGAAACAAUGUAACGAUACAAUAACACGAGACAUGUGGUCACCCAACUCGAAACCAUCAUAUAAACUCUUACCCAACUUAUUGAAAGAGAUGAAGGUACUCCUCUACGCAGGUGAUCAAGACUUUAUGUGUAAUACGAUGGGUAUCGAUCGAUCUAUUCAGGCUUUGACUUGGGACGGUCAAACGGGUUGGAGUCAAGAAUCAGAAACCAAGGAUUACUUCGUCAAUGGUCGUAAGAUUGGUACCUGGAGAGAGGAGCGAGGCUUAAGUCUUGUGGUCUUUGAUAAAGCUUCUCAUUUAGUACCUAUGGAUGAACCGAUUGGUACGCAAGAUAUGCUGCUAAGAUUCUUGGAGAUCGAUAAAUUGGAUCUAGUCGGACCUGCUCGAUCAACCUGGUCACAGAUGGGAGAUGGCCCAACCAUGGAAAUCGUCUCGAAGACCUUUGAAAACGGAACUUUGAUUACGAACGCUACGGGUGUUGUCGAAAGCGAAGGAAAGAGUGAGAAAGGAAUAGAAAAUAUUGCAGAGCUGGAGCGGGUUCGUGAAGCUUAUUAUGGACCAAGGAGAACAUUGACUCUGGUGUUUUUCCUGUUUGGCAUCAUCAUCGGGGUGGUUGGUGUAGUAAAGUGGAGGGCUAGGAAACGGAUCAAGAGUCAUAUAACUGGAGAAGACAAUUCGGGAGGAAUCAGGUUGAAAGAUUUUGAGCUCGGGGACUCUGUUGACGAUGAUCAUGAUGACGAUGAUCCUGAAGGAGGUGCGCCUGUGAAGGAUUUGGAGCUCGCUGAAGAAGGUUGUCAGCUGCUUCAAAGAGGUGGUUUAGCUUCAAAUCAGGUAAGAAAGAGUAUAGAUGAUGAAAGAGUGAGGCGGGAGCACGAAGUCUUCGGAAUUGGGGAAGAUGAUUGAUCUUGGACACUGUUAGAUUGUUUCUUUACGUAGACUAAUAGUGUUAUCAUACAUUUUUGGUAUUUUUCAAUUUGGUUAAACUUUUGUGUACUCAACAGGAAGAUUUUUUUACGGUAAAGUUGCUACCUUGAAUGUAUUUAUUUGCAUUUUGUUUAUUUGUGCUCUUCAACAAAGCCAAAGGCCCUAUCGAAGAGAUUGAUUGAAAUAUCGUC